AUGUCCACUGGCGAAGAUGCCGCAGGGGACGGCGGUGACAUCGCCGCUCCUAAAGGCGCCCCAACACCCAAGCAGCGUGUACGGAUUUCCGAUAGCAUGCGUGAGCUAAGCGACGAUCUGCAGCAACUCGAGGACCUGGGCCUCUCCCUCGACCCUCUGACACCUCUGUCUUCUGACAGCGUGGAGCAUAUCCUCAUCACGGACAGCUGGAGCUGCACUAUGUGCGGCACCACCGGCGCGGCCAUCUGCCCCCUCACCGGGAAGCCGCAUCGCCGGCGUCUCGUUAGCAUUGCCCAGCAUGCCCUUCGGCUGAUUGAGCUGCAUGUCGGAAAGGUGUACGUGCGACCAGCACCGCUGUCGAAGCGCGUCGACGGCGAGGUGCAGGUGCGGACCCAGCGACGGCUGACCAUGAAUCCGCACACUUUUCUCUUGGCUUUCUACUUUGCGUCACAGACAUCGGCGGCCCCAGAGACUGCCGCUGAUGAGGCUCGGACGCCGCCACGUUCGCGAAAGUCUGGCGCGUCCGGCAGCCGUGGAAGCGCAGAGUGGACGGGAGAGUGUGCACGCCACUUGCUCGACGUCGUGCGCGCGAUUAAGGUGUACGGCGCGUCUCCGACGGACGAUGCCUACUGCCACUCGCUUCUGAAGUCGAUGCGAAGUGCGUGGCUGCAGUACUCGCGGCAGGUUAAGCAGGAGCUGGCGGCAGACAGCGCUAGCGAGUUGGAGUCUCCGAAGGCGUGGCCGAGCGAUGAAAGCACUCCGGCAUCAUCACUCAAAACCGGAAAGGCUCGUGACGAGCUCGUGAGCUGCACCCGCUCGACGCUGAUAGAGGCGGUGGCGCACUCCCGAAAAGAUCCAGACAACCAGGACCUAAAGAGAUUCACCGCGCUUCUCUAUCAGCGGCUCUCCCGGCUCUGCACCGCUGACGAGUUUGCCGAUAUCAAGCGGCGCAUCGAGCAAAUUGAGGCGUACGACUCCACGCCACGAAUAGAGUACGCCACCCCUCCGUGUUUAAUGCUCGACGCGAACACAACAGCAUCCGAAGACGAGGCCGGCGGUGCGGCAGCGGCGGUGGUGGGGUCUUCCACACCGGGCGGUGCUGCGGCGUCCAACUGCGAACGCCGGCGUGCUGGGCCUGAACUACCGCCCGGGUGGUACGUUGAUGAGCGGGGUAUAUCACACCCGCCGGCCGACCACGAGGAGCGCAAGCGGCGCGAGCGCUAUCUUCAGAAAGAGUUCAAGGCCCAAAAGGCAUAUGAGGCGGUCAUGCAGAUGGAGACGGACAAGGACAAGCCGGAGCAGCCACAGGCGAGGGUGGCCGCAGCCCUUACUCAAGCAGAGCUGCAGCUGCUGGCCACGGACCUCAACACAACCCCGCCGCACCUGCAGCGUCUCUUCGGCCUCCUGGCGCUUGUGGAGGAUCGUUUUGUGGAGGCGCUGCCACCUCGCCUGCGUCCGCGCUUGCGGCAGGAGUUCCAUGAUGUGCUGGACUGGAACGUCAUUCAGCGUCAUGCUCGCGGUAAUGCGCGCAACAUCUCCAACCUGGUUCGGUUCGUUGGUGAAAAGGUGAUCGAGUGCAGCUCUCCAGCACGGGAGGCCACCAUGGUGGCCCGCAUGUCUGCCGUGUGCGAUGAUAUCGAGCGCUGCACGCCUGAUGUCGGCACCGCCGUGGCGAACGCGUUCGCGUUUCUUUUUGAGGCCAUUCGCGAGCUGCGCGAGGACGUCGCGAAGUUCUCCCUUGCUAUGAUUAACGCGUCGCUGAAGCAGAACGCUGUGCAGUACAUUCAAGAGUUCAUCUCUGCGUGCUUGCCGCUGCCGCGCAAGUGGGCCCGCUCAAUCGCCUUCCUGCAGCGCUUCAUCAACGACGAAAGGGUGCUGUCAUGGUCCUCGGUGAGUGUGCCCCAGGCGUGGACGUCCGUCACGGCAGAGGAGCGACGGGUGCGCGGUGCGCUGCUGAUCGGAACGCUGGACUUGCUGCGCAGUGGCGGGCACACGAGUCUCGAUCGCUGGGUGGACUUGCCGCCGGAGAUAUUCUACUUCGAGAAGCACAUCAUCUUCAAAGCAGCCAAUACGGUGCAGGAAUGCACGCUGCUGCUGCUGCUGGACGGCGCCAUCUCGAGCGUGCUUGCGCGCCGCGCGAUGAAGCAGGCGGCGGUGUCGGCCGUCAUUCGCCACCUGCAUAGUCAAAUUAUCUCGCUUCUCGCUGAGGACAUCCGGCUCAAUGCUCUCAAGGACUCGGUGAUCGACUUCGUCGAGAGUCAACUGUACCGCCUACAUGUUGGGGAGGCUGCGCACGACGACGAGGCCUCACUUGCGGCGGUUGCCCCGAAAGUCACCCUGACAGACACCGAAAAGCAGACGGUGCGGUCCACCAUUGACAAGAUGACGAACACUGAGGACCCACUCUACGUGACUUUUGAGCGGCGCGUGCUGCAGUUCAUGGAGGUCAUGCUGGUGAGGAACACCGACGAUGUGGCGCCUCUUGGAUUGGUGACGGACACGCUGAAGCAGCAGAUUCAACUGCUGCGCCACAUGCUAGUGUUCCAUUGGGAGGUGUACAUGCCAUCGUACCGUGAGCUGCUCCCGUCAUUGUCGCUUGAAUCGACGGCCACUGUGACGUGA